GAUCAAAAGCUGAAGAGACAGGAUCAAAAAUUUCUGAAGAAAUAGGAUUAGGAAUUAGAGAAGCAGAAUCGAGAGAUAAAAAAGUGAAAUCAAUAGGUAAAAAAGUAGAAUCGAGAGGUAAAGAAGCGGAAUCGAGAGGUAAAGAAGUGGAAUUGAGGGAUAAAGAAGCAGAAUCAAGAGAUAAAGAAGUGGAAUCAAGGGGUAAAGAAGUGGAAUCGAGAGGUAAAGAAGCAG